CCGGCCAUGAGGAGGGACGAGCGAGACGCCAAAGCCAUGCGGUGCCCGCCGCCGCCGGACGCCGCCUCGCCCCCCGAGAGCCUGCGGAACGGCUACGUGAAGAGCUGCGUGAGCCCCCUGCGGCAGGACCCGCCGCGCGGCUUCUUCUUUCACCUCUGCCGCUUCUGCAACGUGGAGCUGCUGCUGCCGCCGCCGGCCUCCCGGCAGCCGUGCCGCGGCUCCCCCUGUUCCCGGGCGCGCCUCUUGCUGGGCGCCCUGGCCGCCUUUGUCCUCGCCCUGCUGCUCGCCUCGGGGCGCGAGGGCUGGGCUGCACGGGCCGCCGCGCUGCGGACCCUGCUGCGCGUCUGCUCGCACAGCCUCAGCCCGCUCUUCAGCAUCGCCUGUGCCUUCUUCUUCCUCACCUGCGUCCUCGCCCGGACCCCGCGGGGCCCCGGGCCGGGCCGGGGCGGCGGCGGCGACUCCUGGUGGCUCCUGGCGCUGCCCGUCUGCUGUUACCUGGGGGACCUGUUGGUGUGGCCGUGGUGGUCCUGGCCCGAGGGGGACGGACGCGCCGGGGCCCCCGCGCCCCCUUCGCCCACGGCGGUGGCGGGCAGGUUGUUCUUGGUGCUGAGCCUCGUGGGCUUGCUGAUGCUCGCGUGGCCCGGGAGGCUCCAGCACAGCUCCGUGGUGCUGCUCUUCUCCAGCUUCGUCUGGUGGGUCUCCUUCACCAGCCUCGGGGCGCUGCCCGCUGCCCUCCGGCCGCUGCUCUCCUGCCUGGUCGGGGGCGCCGGCUGCCUGCUGGCCCUGGGGUUGGAUCACUUCUUUCACCUCAGGGAAGCGCCUCAUCAUCCUCGGCUGUCCGCAGCCGGGGAGGAAAAAGUGCCUGUGAUCAGACCCCGCAGGAGGUCGAGCUGCGUGUCGUUCGGAGAAAGUUCAGCCAGUUACUCUGGAGGUUGCAAAAUGUUCAGGAGACCUUCGCUGCCUUGCAUUUCCAGAGAGCAGAUGAUUCUUUGGGAUUGGGACUUAAAGCAAUGGUAUAAGCCUCAUCAGAAUUCUGGAGGUGGAAGUGGAGUUGAUCUUUCUGUUCUAAAUGAGGCACGCAAUAUGGUGUCAGAUCUUCUGAUUGAUCCAAACCUUCCCCCACAAGUCAUUUCUUCUCUCCGGAGUAUCAGCAGCUUGAUGGGUGCUUUCUCAGGUUCCUGUCGGCCAAAGAUUAAUCCUCUCACACCAUUUCCUGGAUUUUAUCCCUGCUCUGAAAUAGAGGACCCAGCUGAGAAAGGAGAUCGAAAACUUCACAAGGGACUAAACAGUAGGAAUAGUUUGCAAACUCCACAGCUGAGGAGGAGCUCAGGAACUUCAGGUCUGCCACUUAUUGAACAGUCUUCGUCAAGGUGGGAACGCAAUAAUGGCAGAAGGCCUCAGCAAGAAUUUGGCAUUUCAAGUCAAGGAUGCUAUCUAAAUGGGCCUUUCAGUUCAAAUCUACUGACAAUCCCGAAGCAAAGGUCAUCUUCUAUAUCGCUUUCUCACCAUAUAGGUCUCAGAAGAGCUGGUGCUUUUUCCAGCCUAAGUCCUGUGAAUUCUCCCAGUUAUGGACCGGUGUCUGCUGGUUCUCUAACUAAUCGAUCACCUAUAGAAUUUCCGGAUACUGCUGAUUUUCUUACUAAGCCAAGAGCUAUUUUACAGAAAUCUCUGGGCAGUGCACCCAGUUCACCAGAUUUUUAUCAACAACUUAAAAAUUCUGAUAGCAACUUGUGUAACAAUUGUGGACAUCAGAUACUGAAAUAUGUUUCAACUUCUGAAUCAGAGUCUGGUACAGAUUGCCACAGUGGAAAAUCAGGUGAUGAAGACAACACCAUUUUAUCAAGAGAAUCAUUCAACCUUGCAGAAGCUCAACAAAAAGAAGAAACUGAAAAGAGAGACUGUAGAAAAUUGUUUUUGGAAGGUGAUAAUCACCUAACAGAAGCAACACAGAAUGAACAGCAACUGAAUAUUGAACAGGAAUCACCACUGGACCUGAUUUUAAUAGAAGAUUUUGACUCAUUAAUAGAAAAGAUGAGCAAUUGGAAUUUUCAAAUUUUUGAAGUUGUACAAAAGAUGGGGGAAAAGUCAGGAAGGAUCCUCAGUCAGGUCAUGUAUACGUUGUUUCAAGACACUGGUUUAUUGGAAAUAUUUAAAAUUCCCACUUCACAAUUCAUGAACUAUUUUUGUGCAUUAGAAAAUGGCUAUCGAGACAUUCCUUAUCACAAUCGUAUACAUGCCACAGAUGUCCUUCAUGCAGUUUGGUAUCUGACAACACGGCCAAUUCCUGGCUUACAGCAGAUCCACAAUGAUCAAGGAACAGGAAAUGAAACAGAUUCUGAUGAUAGAAUUAACCCUGAGCGAAUUGCCUACAUUUCUUCAAGGAGCUGCUCUAUUCCAGAUGAGAGCUACGGUUGCCUCUCUUCAAACAUUCCUGCAUUAGAAUUGAUGGCUUUAUAUGUGGCAGCAGCCAUGCAUGAUUAUGAUCACCCAGGACGGACAAAUGCAUUUCUGGUGGCAACAAAUGCCCCUCAGGCAGUUUUAUACAACGACAGAUCUGUUCUGGAAAAUCAUCAUGCUGCGUCAGCUUGGAACCUAUAUCUUUCUCGCCCAGAAUACCACUUCCUUCUUAAUCUUGAUCAUGUGGAAUUCAAGCGCUUUCGUUUUUUAGUCAUUGAAGCAAUCCUCGCCACAGAUCUUAAAAAGCAUUUUGACUUCCUUGCUGAAUUCAAUGCUAAGGCCAAUGAUGUAAAUAGUAAUGGUAUAGAAUGGAAUAAUGAAAAUGACCGCCUCUUAGUGUGCCAGGUGUGCAUCAAACUGGCAGAUAUAAAUGGCCCAGCAAAAGCUCGUGACUUGCAUUUGAAAUGGACGGAAGGCAUUGUCAAUGAAUUUUAUGAGCAGGGAGAUGAAGAAGCAAAUCUUGGUCUACCCAUCAGUCCCUUCAUGGAUCGUUCUUCUCCUCAACUGGCAAAACUCCAAGAAUCGUUUAUCACCCACAUAGUGGGACCCCUGUGUAACUCCUAUGAUGCUGCUGGUUUGCUACCUGGGCAGUGGAUAGAGGCAGAAGAGGAUGAUGAUACUGAAAGUUGUUUCGAUGAAGAAGAUGGUGAAGAGUUAGAUACAGAUGAAGAAAUAGAAGAUAACCUAAGUCCUAAACCACAAAGGAGGAAAAGUAGACGGCGAAUAUUUUGUCAGCUAAUGCAUCACCUCACAGAAAACCACAAGAUAUGGAAGGAGAUCAUAGAAGAAGAAGAAAAAUGUAAAACUGACGGGACUAAACUGCAGGUGGAAAAUUCUUCCUUACCUCAGGCAGAUGAGAUUCAGGUCAUUGAAGAAGCCGAUGAAGAGGAAGAGAGACAGUCGGAAUAGAGGACAGGGCGGGCUGGAGAAGCCCCAGGGCGGAACUUAGCGUCAGAAACCCUCGCCUAGUGUUCACCGCUCGACGUUCAGCUGACCAUUCCUAUAUGGCCGAGCCUUAAUGCUGGGAGAGGAUCCUCGCUGUGCUGGCCUUUCCCCUACUACUGUGCACUUUCACCACAUGGACUCGAAGAUUAUUUGUAGAACUUGACUUCAGUUGACUCACGUUGAAAAGCCCUCACUUACUGCCGUCACUGGUGUAUACAUACUUUGUCACGAUACCGCUUUGCUGGGUAGUAAGCUUUUCAGGAGGGGUAGCCAUAGCUGAAAGCUCAAGUGACUGACUUCAGAUUCCAGAGUGGCCAAAACUUUUUGUUUUCAUGAAACAGAUUCAUAUUGUAUAUUUCCAAAUGUGUCUUUUGUCUUUGAAUGUCUGUGGGGGGAAAAAAAUAAGUCUGUGCCUAUCUCAAAAGGAAUCCAGUGUUGCCUUUCUGAGGGAUCUGUUCAAUGCAAUACACUGUUUAGUGCUGUCCUCCCAGGUGGGUUUAUCCAUGAAGGACUGAGUGACCUUUGUUAUAUUUAACAAAAUCCAGGUGCAUCAAUUUCUGAUGCUUUUUACUGUUAUGUAUUAUCUACUAUGUUGUGUUUGAUUUCUUUUCAGAGUAUUCAGGUUUGUCAUGGAUAUCAGAAGUCUGAAUUCCAGCCUUACUGACUUUAUAUUUUAUGGUUGAAUUUUAAACUGUUUGGGUUUAACAAUGAAGGGUUUCACUCUUUAGUCAAAACUUCUUAUUUUUACUCUUGCUCAGGAUUAGUAUUUUUAACCUUAGUUUAAUACAAACACAGCAUAGAUUUGUCAUAGAUUUGUCAGAAGAAAAAUUUUUGUCCUAAUAUUGAUGUUGACCUCUUAAGAAAUGAACAUUAUUUUCUCUCUUCCUAGAUAGAUUUGGGAUUCAUUAAAGCCAAAGGAAAGGAGAUACCUGUCUUUUGCCUUAACGCAAAAUCAAAUAAAACUAAUCCUAUUAAGAUAAAGAAUAAAAAAAAGUGUGAGCUCUAAAGGACACAUGCAUUGAAUAAAUAAUUGGAAUGUGUGCUUAUCUUUAGAUCCUUAUCUUAGUUCUCAUAGGUAAGUUAUUGUAAAACUGAUGUUCAUCAAUCUAUUAAUUACCUUCUGUCUCAAGCUACAUGACAGAAAUGACCUAUGACUACUUUUUGAGCCCAUCUGCAAAUCUAAUUUCUAAGGCCAAGUAAAUAGUGGGAAUACUUAAUAAAUUUUAUAUAACAAAUCUAAAUAUUUUGGUAAAUCAUUUCACCCAAAAGCAUCUUACUAAAUAAACACAUUAAGGUAAUGCAAAGAAAGUUGAUCAUAUUUACAAUGUCUUUAGGGUUCAGAUAUGUAACAUAUUUACAAAAAAUAUUUGAACUAUAAAGAACAGCUAAAAUUGAAAAUGGUAAGACUGAGUUUCCAUUAUUGUUGAAAUAUUUAUUAUAUCUUAUAUUUUGGAUUUGUGCAGCUUUUGUAGACAGUGAAAUAAAUUUUCAAAGUUACUCCUUUAAAGUAUGAUGUCAGCAGGUACUUUCUUACCUGUCAGCAACUUCUUACCUACCUAAAGAAUUUGGCUUAUCUGAAACAUAUCAAUUACAGAUCUAUUCAAGUAUUAGAAGUUUUGAUCCUGCAUAAUAUUUAAUGAAUCACCAAGUUUUAUUUAUUAGACAAUGUUAAAUGCUGAUUUCCUUCCUGCUUUUGCUACUAUUGCCACAUCAUUUGUAAACUGGUCCCACAUGACUAAUAAAAUUUUAACUAAUUUAUUUAGUCUGCACAAAUAAUGCGUAUAUCCUGUGCUUCUAUUUCUCUAGGUCACUAUUUGCAUCCUGUAUAAGUACUCAGCUAUUGCUUUCUCUCCUGCAAAAUACAAAUAGGUAUAGGUGUAUAAAUUCACAUAUGUAUGUGUAUGCAUCAAAUUUCCAUACUUUUAUUAAAGUUUUGUAUUGGGGUUAUUUAGUGUGUAUUUUCUCAAAAGGAGCAUGCUUUAAUUCCAUUAAAGAUACUAUUACUUAGAACUCAUUUUAAAAUAACCCUUCAAUUAUUUAAGCUUUACUAAAUAAUUGACAUACAGUAAAAUAUCCCAAACACUAAAGUAUCCUUGCUGAAACUUAAAUUCAUAAAUUGUAAGAAAGGAGCAUGAGGACACAUUAAGUAUAUAUAAAUGCUAUUAGAUGGAAUCUUAUGCACACUGC